AAAGAACAAAAAAAUAAAAUAAAAAUACAGAACAUAAAAAAACAGUGACAAGAAGAUGAAAGAGAUCUCAAAAUCCCAUCUCAUCUGCAUCCUGUCAGGGAAAGAAAAAGAACACAGAAAAAAAAAAGACAGAGAAACGAGAGUUUGGUCAGAAAAGCGACAAUGCUGUGUUACGUCGGGAAAGCCACUAAGAUCUUCAUCUUCAUCGUCACUGUUCUCGUCGUCGUCGGUCUCGUCGUCGGCUUCGGCGUCCUCCGCCGCCGGAACAGCUCUUGCUCCGGCGAUUCCUGCUCAUCCUCCGCCUCCUCCUCCUCCUCCUCCUCAUCCCCCUUCUCAACUCCUAAUCCCGCCACCGUUUUCCCGAGCCCGAAUCCGCCUGACCUCGUGCCCUCUCCGCCGGGCCCACCGGCUCCGUCGGGUCCAAUUGCUCAGAACCCGCCAAGCCCAUCGGUCCAAAACCCUAGCUCGCCUCCUCCUCCGCAAUUCUCGCCUCCCCCGCCGGAGGCUACGACAGUCACCGCGCCUCCUCCGCCGGAUACGGGGACAACAGCCGCUCCACCUCCGCCGGAGACGGGGACAGAAGCUGCUCCGCCGCCGUUAAACCCUCCGGCCUCCGUCGUCAGCUCUCCCGGCCCUGUGGAUGCCAAGCUGGUCAACGACUAGACACUUCGUAAUUCUCGCCAUUUUUUGUUUUCAUUUCCCACUUUUGAUUUAUUGUGAUUCGUAGUGUUUUUUUUUUUUAAAUUUUGUAACGAAAUUGUGUAAUUCUUUUUUUUUUUAAAAAAAAAAUAUUUGUAA